GAGUGACAGCAGGCUCCUCGUGCAGCAGACAGACAGACAUCACCUGUGCUCUGAGACACACUCAGGUGGAUCCUUCUUCUUCUUCUUCUUCUUCAGUCCUCCUGCUGCUGCCGCGUCUCUUCUUCGUCAUGAGCUCAGAGGAGACUUUUAAAAAACGCUCUCGUGCAUGACUGACGGACUCCAGAAUGACGAUGACUGCCGUGGACACAAACAACAACAACAACAACAACAACAACAAUAACAACAGCAGCAGCAGCAGCAGCAGCAGCAGCUCAGGAGGUGUGAUCUCCUACGUGGGUUCAUGUGGAGGCUCUCCGGCUCGGACCAGUCCAGUCUCUAUGUACAGCGAGAACUCCAACUCCCAGCCCUGCUUCACCUCCUCUUCCUCUUCGUCCUCCUCUUCAUCCCUCAGCAGCAGCAGCAGCAGCUCAGGCUCCGCAGGAGAAGAUGGCUCCUCCUCAGCAGGAGGUUCACCUCGAGGCCGAGACGACAGCGGCGGCUCCCUGAGGGCGUCGCCCAGCAAGUCUGUGGCCAGUCUGACCAAGCUGAACAGCAUGGUGCUGCUGUGUAAAGUUUGUGGUGACGUAGCUUCAGGUUUCCACUACGGAGUUCACGCCUGUGAAGGCUGCAAGGGUUUCUUCCGGCGCAGCAUCCAACAGAACAUCCAGUAUAAGAAGUGUGUGAAGAACGAGAGCUGCACCAUCGUGAGGAUCAACAGGAACCGCUGUCAGCAGUGUCGCUUCAGGAAGUGUCUGUCUGUGGGCAUGAGCCGCGACGCGGUUCGUUUCGGUCGGAUCCCGAAGCGUGAGAAACAGAGGAUGUUGGCAGAGAUGCAGAGCGCCAUGAACAACAUGGUGAACAACCAGCUGCAGAACGACUUCCAGCUCGCCAGCCUCUCCUCCUCCUCUUCCUCCUCCUCGUCAUCCUCCUCCUCCUCCUCCUCUCCCUGCCCGGGCGUCACCAUCGCUCCCCAGCCCUCUGCCCUGCCACUCGCUCCUUCCUCCCCCUCAGCUCCCACCCCUGCUUCCUCCACCUCACCUCCUCCUCUUCCUCCUCCCCCGUGUCAGAGCCCACCCUCCUCGUCCUCCUCCUCCUCCUCCUCCUCCUCCCGGCCUCCCAGCCCGGGGCUGGACUCCACCAUCAGCGCCAUCGCCCGUGCUCACCGAGAGACCUUCCUGUACGCCCAUGACAAGCUGACCAAUCCCUACGCACCACCUCAGCAGCAGCAGCAGAAUAACCACGCCCACCACCACAAUGGGGAGGCGGAGCCCUGGGGGCCCAACCGCUGCCCCAACGGUUACCACGCCAACGGCCUCAACACCAUCUAUCACCACAACAACAACCUCGGGGCGGGGCGCUACCUGCCGCCGGACAACGGUCGCAACGGCACACACCACCAUCACCACAGCAACGGGAGGCGGAGCCAGCAUAACAGUAACGUGACUGGAGGAGACAGGCUCGGCGAUCAUGUGACCCCGGGGCAGAAGUGUCCGAUGAAGAACCACACGGGGAUAGUGCUGGCCUGUCCCAUGAACAUGCAGCCUCACGCUGACCCCUCAAAGACCCCUCAGGAGAUCUGGGAGGACUUCUCUCUGUCCUUCACCCCCGCCGUCAGAGAGGUGGUGGAGUUCGCCAAACAUAUCCCAGGAUUCAGUGCUCUGACCCAGAACGACCAGGUCACCCUGCUCAAGGCCGGCACCUUCGAGGUGCUGAUGGUGCGCUUUGCGUCCCUGUUCGACGUGAAGGAGCAGACGGUGACCUUCAUCUCCGGCGCCACCUACAGGCUGGAGGACCUGCGGGCGAUGGGGAUGAACGAGCUGCUGGGAGCCAUGUUUGACUUCAGCUACAAACUGGCUGUGCUGGAUCUGAGCGCCCAGGAGCUGGGGCUGUUCACUGCUGUGGUGCUGGUGUCGGCAGACCGGUUUGGUAUCGAGAACGUGGCGUCCGUGGAGCAGCUGCAGGAGAACCUCAUCAAAGCGCUUCGCUCGCUGGUCAACAAACCCGCCAUCGACGCCGGCAACAACCAUCACAACCUCGACUCGCCGCGUUUCACCAAACUGCUGCUGAAGCUGCCCGACCUGCGGACACUCAACAACAUGCACUCUGAGAAGCUGCUGUCCUUCCGCAUCGACGCCUGAUGACCUCACCAAUGACCUCACCGAUGACCUCACCGAUGACCUCACCGCACUCUGUUCAGACUCAGAUCAGUGUCACUUCCUGUGGUCCUUGAUGAUAACUAUGACAUCAUAUGGUGCUUUCUAUCGCUGUGAUGUCGGCUCGUCACAUCAUCGUAACAAGUGAUGUGCUGAUGAUGUCAUCGCCGCCAACUCCAUCAAUGUUGCAAUGACUGACAGUGAUGAUGUCAUCAACAGUUCAACUGCUCAGCACACAGCUCACCGCCAAAAUAAGAGUCUGUAGCCUGCCUAGCACACUGACGGGCCAAGUUAAAGGAACAGUCAGACAUUUUAAUCUGUGUGAAUCCAGGACUCAGUGUUAGCCUAGCUUAGCACAAACAGGAGGAAAUAAUGUUAGUAUUUAUAGGGUUAAUAAUUCAGAUUCAGUUUGAUAGUGAUGAUGUCAACAAUUAGCUUCAACGCUAACUGCUACUAAAACCACAGUGUUCCUGUUUAUAUUUCUGUUUCUUCACCUGAUCGAUACACGUCACGUGACUCAGAGUUUAAACUGUUGGAAGGUGGAGAUCAGUUCAGAUGGAGGCUAACAGUUUCCCUCUGCUUCCAGCCUUUAUGCUAAGCUAAGCUAACAGUUUCCCCCUGCUUCCAGUCUCUGUGCUAAGCUAGGCUAACAGUUUCCCCCUGCUUCCAGUCUCUGUGCUUAGCUAAGCUAACAGUUUCCCCCGCUUCCAGCCUUUGUGCUAAGCUAGAAUAACAGUUUCCCCCUGCUUCCAGCCUUUGUGCUAAGCUAGGCUAACAGUUUCCCCCUGCUUCCACUCUUUGUGCUAAGCUAGGCUAAUAGUUUUCCUCUGCUUCCAGUCUUUAUGCUAAGCUAAGCUAACAGUUUCCCCCUGCUUCCACUCUUUGUGCUAAGCUAGGCUAAACGGGACCAUCUAUUAAAAAUCGGGAAACAUCCAGAGCUUCCAAACUCCACGUUGACGUGCAGAGAAAAAAAAACAGUGUGGAUUUAAUGACGCCAUCUUAACGCCAUCAUCUCCCGACCGACACCAGCCAAUGCUACGCAGGAGUGGCUGUGACAGACAGCUCCACGGACCAAUGAGACAGAGGGACGAUGUGUUUGGGUCCAAUCAGAGAGUCCGACGUUACAGCUCGUCUCUCUAACGAACUUCUGUAUAAGUCUGUAAAUAUUCAUAAAUAUCUGCUGAAGCUUGAACUGUUUGAAGAACUGUGUUUGACACACAAAGAUUUGACACAUUAUAUUUUUUGUUAAUAUGAACAAUAUGCCUGUGCAAAUAUUAUGACUGUAUCACGUGUGUGGGGCACAAACAGUGUUGAGUAUG